UGUCGAUCACCAUCUGCUGAGACCUCUCCACCAGCACAGACCUUCGACUGGAUGAAAGUGAAGCGCAAUCCACCCAAAACUGGUAAAGCUGGGGAAUAUGGCUAUGCAGGUCAACCCAACACUGUGAGAACCAAUUUUACCACCAAACAGCUGACAGAACUGGAGAAAGAAUUCCAUUUCAACAAGUACCUGACCAGGGCCAGGAGGGUGGAAAUUGCAGCAGCUCUGCAGCUUAACGAGACCCAGGUGAAGAUCUGGUUUCAGAACAGAAGGAUGAAACAAAAAAAGAGAGAGAAAGAAGGUCUCCUGCCAAUCUCCCCCUCUGCCAGCACAGGAAGUGAUGAAAAGCCAGAAGACAUGUCAGACAAGUCAAGUCCUUCACCCUGUGCUCCAUCACCA